CCUCAUCCACCUCCUCCCUAAAAAACUUGACUCCUUACCCUUGAAUUGAACACUAAGCCUUGUAAUCCAAUUCCAACAGUCAGUGAUAAAAAAUGUUUCAUUUUUUGCUUUACUAAUUUUCACCUUGAUAACUGUGAUUGUAGUGGAAAAGCAUCACCAUUGUCAUCAUCUUACCUGCGUUGAAAAUGCGAUAGAAAAUAUUAGAAACAAAAAUAAGUCUAAUAAGUGAUUCCAAGUGUAGUUCAUUUCUCCCUGAGUUUCAGUUCUGUUCUCAUUCAAAUGGACUGAUCAACAUUCAACCAACAAUAACAACAAUCAAUUCCAAUUCAACUCUUUUGUUUCGAGUUAAUAUUCACUCUGUGUGUUCACCUUGUGUUUAUGCGCAAUCAUCUUAUCAGGAUAAUUAUACUCAGAAUAAUGAUGAGUAUAUUGAGAAAUGCUGAGAAAUAACUGUUACAAUGAUUCAUUCAUCAAUUGCUCAUCUCCUCCUCCUCCUGCACUCAUAACGACGACCAUCAUUAAUAUCAUUCGAAUAUCAGAAUAGAAAACAUCUGAUACUAAAUAUAUUCGAUAUCCGCCAUCUUAUGAUGUUUUCUUCCUAAUCAUCAUCAUUAUCAUCUUCAAUUAUUCCAUUUUUUAUUCUAUUGUUCCAACAUUCGCUAACUAACAAUCAACAUUUACUAAGCGACUAAUCAGCGAUACGAAAUCUUCGGUCCAAUAGUGAAAUUGAUUAACAUCAAACCAUUUUGAGAUAAUAAUCGACUCAUUAAGUUUCUGUUGAGAUGAGAUUGAUAUCUCAUCAUGGAUUUUGGGACUUUUAGUGUUGCGAGAGAAAUUUUCAGUCCCUUUGCCUCUUUUAUUUCCUGUCAAAAUCAUCAAAUUCAGUGAUUAUCUUUCGAAAAGCAAUAAGCUCAAUAGUAAUUAAGACUCGAAUAAUAAUUAAACCAAAACUUGUGGAUCCUCACCAAUCGUGUUGAAUAAUAUCAUCAUUAUUAUUAGAAUCGCCAUCAUCUGCUCGAUUAGUUGAUUUCCUGUUGGGUCAGUGAUGGUAAACAACUGAUCGUAACAUUUGAUUGCUCGCUAUUCGAGUCUCAAGUAUUGAUUUGAAUUGGAUUUUACUUUGAAUGCUUCAUGACAUGAUGAUGGACUUUAUGAAAGAUGGCUCUCUGAGUGUGUCUCACGAACCUGAUUCAUCAAUCAGUUUAUUUGGUUCAAUUGGUUUACCAGUUCCGUCUACAAGUCAUUCCUCAACCAAUCACCUUUGUUCAGUUAACAACAACACAAACAACAGUAGUAAUGUCAAUGGUAAUAAUUCAACUGUAAAUGGGUCUUCCAAUAACAGUGGUCAUAACGGUCAUCAUAAUAGUAGUAAUAAUCACCAUCACCAUCCACACGACAAUGGAUUGAACCAUAACAGGUUUGCUGGGUCAAUCAAUUCAAAUCUAUCAACAUCAUUAAUUAAUAGUAACAAUCAAUCAACGGUCCACUCAAAUACUAAUAAUGCCAAUCAUUCCAGUGCAACAGCUACUCCUGUGAUAUCGUUGUUCAAAUUGAAAAACUUUCUUCAUCAACCCAAAUUUAAAUCACUGGGCAAUAGUAAUGAUGAUUACCAAACUUAUUCAGGCCCCAACAGUGUGGAGGAAAGUCGAUCGGGUUCCAGUGGACUGGACACAUCGCCCACAAUUCACCAUAGUCUAUACAGUAACCGGAGUGCAGCGAAUUCGAGUCCAUCAUCUGCUCCCCCUCACCAAUCUGUCCUGGUCGUUCCUCAGCCGGUCAAAACCUCUAUGCCCAACAAUCCAACAACCAACGGUACAGGUCGGAAGUAUCAGUGCAAAAUGUGUCCUCAGGUAGUAUUUGGAUCUAAAGCAGAUAUGCAGCUCCACACUCAGAUUCAUAUGAGAGAACCUAAACCUUAUAAAUGUUCCCAGUGCUCCAAAUCAUUCGCAAACUCCUCUUACCUUUCACAACACACACGCAUUCAUCUUGGUAUUAAACCCUACCGAUGUGAAAUGUGUUCCAGAAAGUUCACUCAACUAUCUCAUCUCCAACAACACAUUCGAACCCACACCGGUGACAAACCUUAUAAAUGUCGUCAUGGUGGCUGUAGUAAGGCAUUCUCACAGUUAUCGAACUUACAAUCGCACUCACGAUGUCAUCAAACAGAUAAACCUUACAAAUGUAACUCAUGUUAUAAAUGUUUCGUCGACGAAACGGCUCUUUUAGAUCAUAUUCCAAAACAUAAAGAAUCGAAACACCUCAAAACUCACAUUUGUCAAUUUUGUGGCAAAAGUUACACUCAGGAAACGUAUCUAGCCAAGCAUAUGCAGAAGCAUUCCGAUCGUCCUGACAAACGUUCAUCCGGAUCUUCAUCAGCCUCAUCAUCAUCCGCAUCUUCGGUCGCUGCUGCAAAUGCUGCUGCAGUUGCCGUUUCUGCAGCCGCAGCCGCAGCCGCGGCCGCUGCUGGUCUCAUUGGUCGAUCUCCAGGUAAUGGUAGCGGAGGCCCUGAAAGUCACUAUGGUUGGAACUCAACUUCAUCUGCCAAUAAUAAUAGUACCAAUAACCAAGCUAACAACAAUAACUCAAAUAACACCACCAACUCUAACAAUAGUGCCAGCGGCGUAAACGGCAGUAAUAGAGACUCAACCAGUAGUAACAAUAGUGCCACAAACGGUACUUCUAGUUCCAAUAAUAGUUCAACCAAAGUAAAUGGUUCUAAUGGUCCUGGAGCAAGUCCUGAUCUCCAUGAACUUUCUCAUCCUCAUCACCUCACCACCCUCAUCAUCCUCAUCACUCUCAUCAUCAUUCUCAGGCAUCAAAUCAUCAUCAUCCACCUCCUGGCUUAAACCCAGUGACACAUCAUCAUCAGAGUAACUCUUGUCUCCUUGGCAGCCCUUUAAGCUCAUCCAAUGAUAUUUCAUCUCGUUUUCACCAUUCAAGGUCAGAUGUUGAUGGACAUCGACACGGGUCAACCUCAUCAACAGGUUCAGCA